GCAUGAAAAGGUUUCAGUAUGUUCAGUCGGUCCGCGUUAGUGCGGCAGGGCGGACGUAUGCUGAAGCCGCCCAGAGUUGCCGCGAAAUAUUUGAAACAUUGCCGCUUUUAUGGAUGUGUAAAUAUUUUUUGAACUUAUCGAAGACAACAUAAGCGAGUGCUAACUAUAAUUUUAUGAGUAUCAGUCCAGACAUCAGUAAACAUAAUCGAUUGCACAGUAAUUAAAUUUUGUUAUCAUCCUCACAGACGUACUUUUUAUAAUUAGUGAAUGUGUAUGAUGGAUGUGUGUUUAUGUGUUUUACUUUUAUCAACUAUGUAGGUAGAAUACUUUACCUUUCAACCUAUUAGCCAAAAACUUUAGAAGUUAUUUAUCUAUACCCGUAACUAAGUGAACCAAUGUAGAUAUAAACCCGUCGGUCCAAACUAAGUGACUUAAAACACUGAUAUCAUAACUAUAUCAACCAAUUACGUAUUCAUAUCUAGAACCCAAAUAUCCAAAGAACUGUAAAUAUAUUUUCGGGAGAAAAAAAUCGAUUCUGGUGCGCGGACCAAACUUUGGCUUGAUGUAAUUAUAUCUUGUUAGUGUAAAUAGUGUAGACUAUGACUAGUGAGUAGUGAACAUUUUGUGAUUAUUAGUGAAAUUUAUUAUCUGUACAGCAAUUUUCACGCCUCGGCAACUUAAUUCAAGUUUCAAGCGGCCUCAACGAAAUUCUAUCGAUUUCAACUGGAAAAAAUGUCGGUUCCAACAACCGACAGCACUGAAGCCAUCACAAACUCCGGUUACGGGAGCAGCGAUGAGACGGCCAGCUUAUUGGUCUCCGGCCCCUCCGUUACCGUCAUCGUCCCCUCGGAGAACAGAACCGCCAAACCCGUACUACAGCGACAAGACUGCACCACCCAUCUAAGACCUCAACUGUCCGGCGGUCCCGGCAGCGAGGAAUCCGGAACAUCCAUAAGAAUGGAAGAAGGAGCCGCUAGAAGCGUGCCAGAUAUAGAACUUCAAUGCAGAGACCAAGUGUCAGACCGCCCACAGACACUGGUGUCUCCCAUAGCAACCUGCUCGCAUAGGGGGUCAGUAACCGCCUGCCAGCUAGUGCCACACACGUACGCUAGAUGUCGCGUUUGCGAGCGGAGGCAAUCUACAGCGCCUAUGUCAGCGCUACAGCUAGCGCGAUCUGUGUCGCGAGAAAGCGUUCGCUCGGGGCUGCACUACCCUUGUGGUUGCAACACGCUUCACGCUGUCAGCACUUGUCCGGUUAUACAUCCGCCAGCCUUAUUGAUACCGGCAACAAGUACUAGAAUCAUUCGGCAGAGCUCUCAGCCUGAGUCUAGCGCAUGCGCGGGGCACUGUCCUCACCACGCCCACCACCAUCCCAGCGCCUCGCUGCGGCAGCUAAGAGAACCCGGUGACGGCAUAGCGGGCAUCGCAGCCGACUCUCUCCGAAUAAAUGGAGGGAUGCGACCCUUCAAACAGGGCCUGCUACUAUGUCCACAAACCUUGUCGCAGACUCGACGGGCGCGCUUGCGACGCGCGUUCACUGAAGCGACCGGCGACACAGUUACCUACGUUAGAACGGCCUGUACAGUAAAUCGGGAUCAAACAGCACAGCUGCGAAAGCCGGUGUCGACGCUCUCGAUCCCCGGCGCGAUGAAGGCGUACUCCGGCGGGCGGGACGCGUCCACUGAGGAGGCUGGGGUGGCGCUCGUCGGCGUGCACAGCGAGUACCCUCGCUUCGGCGAGGAGCGGGCGCUCGGCGGCGGCACCUACAAGGGCGGGGGGGCGGCUAAGCACAAACCUAACAUAGGAUAUAGAUUAGGUAGGCGAAAGGCGUUAUUCGAAAAGCGAAAACGAAUAAGUGACUACGCACUAGUGAUGGGGAUGUUCGGUAUUAUAAUUAUGGUUAUAGAAAAUGAACUAUCAAGUGCCGGUGUUUAUACAAAGGCAUCAAUAUAUUCGCAGGCGUUAAAGACGCUUAUAUCAAUGUCAACUGUGAUCUUACUUGGCCUAAUCGUCGCGUAUCACGCUUUAGAAGUACAGUUAUUUAUGAUAGACAACUGCGCUGACGACUGGAGGAUAGCAAUGACGUGGCAGCGGAUAGCGCAGAUUGCACUGGAACUCGCCAUUUGUGCCGUCCACCCGAUCCCUGGCCAGUACACUUUCACGUGGACUACGAAACUGGCCAACAAAGGAGGCGUUAUAGGCGUUGAAGUUUUUCCUAAAAUUGGUACCUACGUACCGUACGACGUCACACUGUCGCUGCCUAUGUUCUUUCGGCUAUAUCUAAUAUGCAGGGUUAUGCUUCUUCAUAGUAAAUUAUUUACGGAUGCUUCGUCGCGAAGUAUAGGAGCCUUAAACAGAAUUAAUUUUAACACAAGGUUUGUCUUGAAGACACUUAUGACCAUUUGCCCCGGGACGGUGUUACUAGUUUUUAUGGUUUCCCUUUGGAUAAUUGCAAGCUGGACAUUAAGACAAUGUGAAAGGUUUCACGAUGAAGAACACGCUAAUCUACUGAAUGCAAUGUGGCUUAUUGCAAUUACGUUUCUCUCCGUCGGUUUUGGUGACAUUGUGCCAAACACGUAUUGCGGCAGAGGUAUUGCUGUUAGCACCGGCAUUAUGGGGGCUGGAUGUACAGCAUUAUUAGUGACCGUUGCUUCAAGAAAGUUAGAGUUAACUAGAGCGGAGAAACACGUGCAUAACUUCAUGAUGGAAACGCAACUAACAAAAAAGUUAAAAAAUGCAGCAGCCAACGUGUUACGAGAAACGUGGUUAAUAUAUAAACACACAAGACUGGUCAAAAGAGUUCAUCCGGGUCGAGUCCGAACUCACCAGAGGAAGUUCUUGUUAGCCAUAUAUGCAUUACGAAAAGUUAAAAUGGAUCAAAGAAAGUUAAUGGAUAAUGCCAACACAAUAACUGACAUGGCAAAGGACCCCUUUCUUUUGCAGACCCAAAAUACUGUUUACGAAAUAGUAUCCGAUAUGAGCACCAGACAAGAUAGUAUAGAAGAGAGACUAACCAGCUUAGAAGAAAAACUUACCGCCUUACAGGAACAAGUAAACAGCCUACCAGAUGUGGUGGCCAGGUGCUUGCAGCAGUGCUGGGAGCGGGCAGAGUCUCGUAAAAACUACCUGCAUCCAGACACUGCUGCGGCACCUACUCCACCCGCUAGCGUCAUAACCCCUCACGCCAGAACAUUAACGACAGCAUCACACCCCUGGCCUCCGAGCCCCAUCUUGCCGGGGGUCAGGACCCAUUCAGCCCCGGAGAGCACCGUGGUCCACUCCCCCGCUCCGACCAGCCCAGCGACUCACGGAGCUCGACCUCCGCUACCCAGCUGAGUACCGCCUUCCAACUCCGAACUGUUAUGCUGAACUCGUCAAAACUCGGCGCCCCUCCUCUGACCUCCCUUGAUAUAACUACGACCAGAUAAUGGCGAAAGAAAGAUAUCGUGGACCUCGAAAAUAGGAUGACUUUCGGUAGCUGCUCUUUUGGUGCUAAAUUAUCUUUUUCACCCAUAUCUCAGGUACCAGCACUUAAGCAUAUUUACUACUUUAGUGAUCUGAAUUUUAUCAAACACAUGAAUGUUACCAUUAAUAAGUAAACCAACGUUAGACACCAGCAUAUGAAUUUAACAAGCACAUUAGAAGAUUAUUAAUAAAUAAAAUUUAACAAUAAUAUUAAGAAGGGAGAUUCCUCACAAAAAAUAAUUCAGGUCUAUUGAUAUCAUUCUAUCGCCAAUGGACCACGCCUCGGAGCGAGAAAAGGUCAGCCGUAGUUUUUCGCUGUUCCCAAAAAGUUUCGGAUGUGUGGGACUGUUUUCUAAUAGGUAUUGCUUAGAUAGUGAAAAAAAUUAGCCAGAAAGGACUUGCUGUGGUGAUUAUACAAAAAUGCUUUAUCGAUACGCGCUUUAGAGUACGUUAGAAUAUAUUUUGAAUACAUUAUCAAGAUAGAUAUAGGUUAGUUUACUUACCAAUACGUCUGUUCACGUUUUAUCCUUUGUUUUAAGAACCAAUUAACACUGUAUUAAGACAUCGCAUACUGCAUCAAUUUUUUUGUAAAUAGAGGCCGGUGUCGAUUUUGGAGCAAAAAUGUAAAAUUGAUAGAUUUAGUCGUUGAAAUUAUACACGUUUUGUUACGUAAUAUCUAAAUAACAAGUAUUGGUUUCUAUUAGCACGUCUUCUCAUCUUGCCUUUUAAUAAUGAGGUCGCGAGCGUGCGUCACCGCUAAUAUAUGAAGAGAAGGGGCAGUUUUAAAAAAAUCGUCAAAAAAUUAUGGUGGUAAAUUAUACAAAUUGAUGUAUAAGAACAGUUUCUGAAAAUGUUGUAGAUUGUUUAAGUAUCAAAAUUACGUUGAAAUUAAGUAAAUUUUCAGAGAAAUUGUCACUUGUUUUAAAGUAAUUUCUGGAGAAAAUUGAAUUCGUUUAACUUUCAUUUCCUCGAACUCUUAAGUCAUAUAACAAAAAUGUAAUCUGAUAAAGGUCAAGUACAGAAUAUGUGUAAUACAAAUUUACCAUUUUUAGCAGUCCAAACUUUACGAAAUUUACAAAUAAGAGCGACAAAAUCAGUGCUUUCCGCGUGUUUACCUAAACGUCCAUCAGAAAAAAAACAUUACUAAUUUAGUGAGUUAGUUUUCAAAAAAUUGAUCUGAUAAAAGGCAAGAUAAGAAGUCGUGCUAAUAGAACUUGUUAUUUCAAUUAGGUAACAAAAGGUGUACAAUUUCACCGACUAAAUCUAUCAAUUUUACAUUUUUGCGACUAAAAUCGACACCGGCCUCUUAGUAUAACAAUGAAUCAGGCGUGCAAAUUUUUCAACUGUUUAUUAAUUUCCAUAAUAAGAUUUAUUUGAUUUAUAUAAAAGUAUAAAACCAAUUAACCGUUCUUUCCACUAUUUUUGAGCAUGUAUUUUAUCUUUAAUUACGACAAAAAGGAUUUUAUAUUAAGUAUGAAAAUGUUGGAAGUCAUCAAAAUUUUGAAAUAGCUAAUAAAAUUAUGAAAGUACUUGCACAGGGUUAGUAAUAAUGAAUACGAUUAUGUCAGUGGUGAAAGUCAAAGUAAAUUUUCAUAACCUGUACACUGUACAAUCCGCCAUCGCCAAGAUCAAAUUCAUAACCUGUACUCACCCUGUACUCCAGGAUAAAAAACUUUAUCGACUAUUUUAUUAAAAAAAAUAUUUUUUUUAACAAGCAGAAACGUCUCGCAUCUGCGAACGAUGCUAUUAAGCUUAGAAUAAAUUUAAAACUGGAAAAAAUACUGCCUUAGCUUGUUUGGGUAGGUAUUAUCCAGACGCCGUGAGUUUAAAACUCACCCGAGGCCUUAAAUUUUCCACUUUUAAAUUUAUUUUAUUCAAUUUUAAGAACUGAUAAUUUAUCAUCAUUCAAUACAUCGGUUAUAUAAAUACCUUGUAUUUGGAAAUGCUACAAAGAUUGUGUAAAAUCCUUUUUGCCAUGUUUUUUUACAAGACAUUUGUGUUAAUCUAGAAACAAGUGCCUAUUUUUGUCUUAUCACAUUGAAAUUAAGGCAUAAAAAGCUACGUGUUUCAACUUGCUACAAAAUAAAUAUGUCAAAUAUUGUUUGAGUUACUUUGACUCGUCUGAAAUAUUGAGGUAUCGUACAAUUAAGUUUUUUGCAUUAUGUACAAGUAUGUCUUUUAGGGAAAAAUAUAGUACAUAGAGAUUUUAUUGAACACUCAGACUUAAAUAAGAUACUUAAUGGCCAGUUAUUUCUAUAAAUUGGUUUUAGUUCCUAUGAGAGUAUUUAUUUAUAAUAAUUUAAGAUAAAGGUGUUGUGAACCUGCUUUUUUGACAAAUACCCUAUAUUAAUUAUAAUAGAGCACAUAGCGACUGUUUUUAGACCAAAUUUUUUUUCCUGUUAAAAAAAAAUAUUUAUGUUAAAUAAGUACCUACUGAAAAAAAUUAAAUUACUUUGUUUAAAGAGCAGAUUUGAACACCGAUAUAGUACGUUAUCUUGCUUGCCAGUUUUAGCUAUAAAGGAAAUGUAACAAUUGUAACGCGACAGACGGACGUCAGCACAUCAUACGAUCUAUAAGCCGUAUACACACUUUAUUUAGAUAUAGAUAAAUUGAAUUGUUACUACCUGCCUAUUGACACGUAGUUUGUCAAAUUUUUAUAACAUUAGAUUAAUUAGGUCAAGCUUUGAUAAGACAUUAAGAUUGAUGGCUGUCUAAAUAGUGCCUAAAACACUACGAAAAUUUCGAUAAUUCAGUUUUAUUACCUAGUAUGAAUUUGUAAAUAGACGAAAAACUUAAAAUUGAGAGCAUAAUAUUUUAUAGGAUUAUCUGAAUUAAUAGUGUUAUGAGUACGUGCGAUGGGAUCAAUAACUUUGUAUAUUUUAGUUCUGUAGCGUCUUUCAUUAAUGUAACACACUGUUUAGUAGUGCUAAAACACAACUAUUAUUUUAAGCAGAUAUGACUGUUUAGUCAUGGACGAGUGCUUACAAGUCCGUGAAAACAAUCAUUCGGUGAAAUCUGACGUUGUUAUAUUAUGUUUAAAAAAAAUGUGCGCCAAUAUAAAUAAUUAUAUCUGAAACCCUACGGCUAAAUCGUGGCCAUGAAAAUAUUCUACGCUGAGCGAAUUUCAUUUACGAUAAGGAUAGCAGUCAUAGGGCGAUACAUUUGUUAAAAAUAAAUUAAAUGUAUGGCUUACUGCUGCCAAAGUUUGCUUUCAACAAAUUUGCUCAAAACGUUUUUUUUUCACGGCCCUCAGGUUAGCUUCGUAUAUCAUCUUUUCGUGCACCUAAUCAAAUAAAAAUUAAAUAUUCAUUGAUCGCCCGGCCUAGUACCUAAAAUACGCGAAUGGCGAUAACACAUUGUAAAUAAAUGAAUCAUCAUGAACUAAUCCAAAUCAAUUGUGAAGUCUUUUUAAAAUGCUAUUACCGAUAUUUUUGACGCCAUAUUAUGUUUAAUCAAAUACAAGGUAUUCACAGUAUUUCAUUUAAUAUUUUGGCAAUAAAAUCAUACAUACUGUUAUAUAAACGACGACGACGAAGAGCGUUUACAAAUAGAAUACGAGCCAAAUAUGUUAAAACGAUAAAUAAAUAAAUACAUUAAUUACAAACAUUAUCAUCAGCCACAAAAACUCGAAGCAGUAACACAUUUACUUUCAACGAGGGCUACCGCUUUUGUGCUCACCAGUUGGCGCCACUGUAGAUGUAGGUCAAGAAAAACAGAUCUCAAUAUUCUUCUAUGCUUAUUUUUAUAAAAUCAAUACGUUCUAAUAUACACAAAGGUAUUUUAACGUCUAAAUGUGUCAUUUUUCAACAUGUUUUAUUGUGCAUAUAUUUUAGUUGGCACUUUUUUUAAAGCACUAACAUUUAUUGAGCUAUAUCUAUUGUUUACCAUGAUUAAUCAAAGACGGACAAAGAUUUACCACAAUUAUGAAUCAGGAGUGAAAAUUCCCGAUAAAAAAGCUUAAAACGUUCUAUGCAUUUGACAUUGUAAAAGAUCUCCCACACUAGCGCCCCUAGCGGCGAAAUUAAAAGCGGUAGCCCUCAUUGUUUAUUCCGAAGUAACGUUAGGGGCUAACAGAAAAUCUCUCAAAGUAAAUUAUACAUAAUAAAAUGUAUAAACCCAUGUUGAACUUCAUUAAUGCUUAUAAAAGCACUUACACUUGAAUAAGAAAUAUAAGAAAUCAACAUGAAAAGAAUAACAACCGCCGCUUUUAUAAAAAAAACUACCUACUAUUAUAAUAACCUAGUCAACAUACCAAAGUUAUAUUGUUUAUACCUUAGAAGUAAUUGCAGUUUAUUUACAAAAUAUUAUUUGGUAGUUGUAUGACGCUUUCCGCGCGCGCUCCUUCACAUAAACUUAAUCGAGUAUAGAUAAUUUUAAAACUCAAUAAAUUAAAACUUUUUUAUGUACUUUAACACAAGACCAGACUAAACGUACCAAACAUUGUAUUAAAAAUAAACAAGUAGAAGAAAUCUUAAUUGAAAUCCUAUUGUGAAAACACAUAGAUUAACUUAAUAUUUUGAAUUCAAGUUUGAGGUAGAAGUGUAUUAAAAAUAUUAACUUAGUUUUUAUGCGAAACACCAACUAGUAUUUUAGAGAUACAAUCAAUAAUAAAGUAGAAAUAAAUCAAUCUCUUUUGCAUAGUAAAAUUAAAUAUGAAAUCUUGUAUUGCCUUUCCCAUUUCAAAGUAUCGUAAAAAGUAUUUUAAAUUUAAUAUAUUUCCAUUUUCUAGUAUUUUAACUACCUCGAAAUUAUCACGUCUCUUUUGUAUUUAAUAUAGCAUUUAAUAAAUUUCGCUCCUCCUAUCUACAUGCCAAUUUAGAUUUGUAUGUGGGCUUAGAUUAAUUUAAUAAGAAGCUUAAAACAAUUUUUUUGGCAACUUCAUUGUUUUUUUUUUACCUGAUUAUAACGAAUUGAUUUGGAGACACGUCUUUUUGCAAGCUUUUUAUUGUCACAUUUUUUAUUAGUUUUUCUUGUUUAGAUCUAACCCUAACAGUAAACGUGUUUAAGAAGAUCAGGAUGCUUGAGCUGAAAUUACACCUUCUUGUCCGAUGAGGGAAGAAAAGACCUAAUAUUGCCGUCAAUAACAUGUGAGGUUUUAAUAAACAAGGAAUCAUCAGCAAAAUUCACCGUUGCUUUUCUAACCAAAAAAGUUUUUGAUGAAACAAAAGACACAUAUUAGGCUACGCGCGCACUGCGGUGCAGCGAGUUGCGGUGCGUUUUUAAAAACGCAAAGGAAAAAAAACCGUGUGUGUCCAGUACGCGCACAGCGGUGCAAUAUCCGCACGUUUUGCCAUUCUAGUCCCAACUCAAGUUAAGAACGGCCGUUGAAAAUGGACUACUACGCUCGGCGACGACAUGACUCCGCAGCACAGUGCCGCGAGAACAACUGCGUCACUGGAUGGCUACCGGCCAGUGUCCGCACGGAUUUUAUUCCGCAGUGCGCGGAUUUAUUCAAUAGUCCAAAGGAUGCAGAAAAUUCGUGCGGCGCCGCACCGCAACCAAUCUGCAGCAAACCACAGAUUUUAAUCCGCAUACAGAUUAUUUUCCGCAGUGCGCGCACUUCAAGGAGGUUGCAUAUUUCACAGAUUUCGCAGAAAUCCGCAGUGCGCGCGUAGCCUAAGAGACAAGUCCACAUCAAAUAUAAUAGGUAUUGUCUGAAAUAUAGGAAAGUAAAUCCUCACUUAAUAAAAACCAUCUUCAACAUUGACGCUUUAAUUAAAUUCCAAGCGCACAAUAUCAAAACCAUUCAACAUUAUCUUCCUAUUACCAAUUUGAUUCUUGUUGUAACAGUAGAAUAAUUGCUUUGUUUAAAUUCCUUAGGUACUCACAAAUAAAAGUGUUCGCAUACUUAUCAUAAAAAACAACAUAGCGAAAUCUUGUAUUACGAUUUUACUAUUCGAAAUAUAACUACCUAUUAUGGUACAUGUGCAGUCUCACAGACUUUACAGAGAAAACACCAACUGUGGUCUACCCCUUAUUCAUAAAACCUAGCAACUUCUUAAACCUUUGUAAAUUUUUGUCUCUUUCUAACAAACGAUUAUCAACGGUUUGUUAGAUUUGACAAAAGUUUGUGAUUGACGCUAUAACACCUUCGCUGCGGCAAUUAGUUAAGAGGCAACAGGAAUGGUCAUUUCUCCAUACAAACGUACUCGACUGUUUCCUCCGUGGUUUUUGAAGCUACAGCAAUGUUUUUUCAACACAGAUUAUUGUUAGUAAUAUCUGUGUGGGACUGUUGUGCUUUUAUUUUUAUUUUUUAAGGCGCUAGAGCACUUCGAAUAUUCGCAAAAACGGCCUAAUUUACUACGCCGGCCAAAUAGAGGCAUGGUAUUCGAAACUGACAUAUUUUAGCCUAAAAAGCAAAACAGUCCUACACAGAUAAUUUUAUUACCAUUUAGAUCUCAAAAUUUCGUUACAUUUGGUUAAGUUUUGGAGGAGGAAACAGUUGAGUACGAACCCUCGUUUUUUGCGAUAUUUUACGCAGGCAUUAUUAUAGGACUACUACACAGAUUGCUUGAUUUUGCAUUACUGCAUCAUUCAAAUAAUAGAUCCACCGAAACGAAGAUGUUCGGGUCACUUUUGGACCGCACCCACAGUUGGGAGAUUUUAAGCUAUGGUUAGGUGGUUUGACAUAUUAAGUAAUUUAUUUUCAUAAUAAUUGUCUGUGAGGCCGAACACAAGCAAACUUUAUCCUUUGUAAUACAUACAUAAGGCAUGUCGUAACUUUUACAAUGAAAAAUAUUCCCUUUAUUAGUGGAAUUGACAUUACCUAUUUAUUUAUAAUAAGAAUUGACCAAAUGUUGUUUAAGAUUGAAUACCUAUAUAAUAGAUACCUAGGAUUUGUAAAUAAUUUCUUAGAUAAAGUCAGUAAGACGGUAUGUAUAGUAUAACUGUGUAAAUACAAGUUGUAUUUGCAAAUUUUAUUGUAAAUAUGCAAUUAUACCGUUAUAGAAAAUUGUUUUUUAAUUAAUAACGAUCAGUUAUAAAAUGAAUUCUUUAGUUUUAUUCAUACGGAAUGUUCCAUGCGGUGCGCUCACAGAUGAGACAAAUUUUUGUGAUCAUUGUUGAUGAAAAAAAUGAAAGUGUAAUUUCGAUUAUAUGAGUUGUAGUAUUUUUCA